AUGAUGGCCACCGUCCUGUUUCCAACGGCCGCGUUGUCCAUCCCUUUUCUGCCUGCACCUCCUGCGCGUAUCUCUGGCCGGGCCGUGGCCGGUCUUUCCGUUGCGGGACAAAAACAACCACAACGGCAACAAAUAUCGCAGAUCCCUCGGCUGCAGUUUUUCCUGGGAUGCACCCUCUACGUGCUGCACAACGCGUGCGCGUGGCUCUACGUCCGGGGCUGCCUACCGCCGGCGCAGUGGACGCUGCAGCAGCAGCAGCAGCCAUCCUGGGGAGGGCUCGGCGCAGAAGGAGGCAACCACGUCAUGCACGUUGAGAUCCUGCUGCCGUACGUGAUCGGAUUCCUGUUCGGCAUCGGCUACGGCUCCGUCGUGGCCGCCGGGGGCUGGGAAGCACUGCGCGAGCCCGCCGACCCGGGCGGCGCCGCCGGGGCCACCGGCGGUGGCGGUGGCGGUGGCAGUGGCAGUGGCAGUGGCAGUGGCAGUGGCGGUGAAGCCCCCGGCAGCGGUAGCGGCGGCGGCGGAGAGGCGACGAACAUUUCGUUCGCGGCGCAGGUUUGCGCCUGGGACAGCCGCGCGGAGGAAGAGGCGCAGGCCGCCGGCGACGGCGAGGAGGACGAUGACGACGACUUCGAUUCGUCGUCGGGACCCGGCAGCGACAACGACGACUCGGGCGACGCGGGGGAUAACCACCCCGGCGGUGGUGGUGAAAGAAGAGCGGCGGCGGCGGCGGCGGCGGCAGCGGCAGCUUCGCCUUCGAAGGAGGGGGCGGGUACCACGGCGCGCGGCGGGCGGGUGACACGCUCUCGGGCUCACAACAUCGGAUUCAAAGAAGUCGCCGACAGUGGCGGCGGUGAGAACACCGCAGGAGGAGGCGGUGCUAGCGGCAGCGCCCCCGCCGCGCUUGACCCCGUCGGAGACCCCGCUCGAACGUCGAGACCGGUGACGUGCGACAAGCCCGGGCGUUCCACCGAAGGCUCCGGCGGCACCGCCACGACCUCGUCUUCCGGAGGGGGGGAGGGUGGCGGUAGCGGCAGCGGCGGCGGCGGGAGCGGGGUCGGUGGGAGCGGGGAGCCUCUCCGGCGGCUGAGUCUGGUCCACCAGCCGACGCGAUUCGACGGCACGGAGGCGGAGGACGACGAGGACGACGAGGAGGACGGCUACGGCUGGGGGCAGCAGGUGGUGGUGAAGCCGGUGAAGGUGUCGCUGUGGGACAAGCGUGGGCUGAGGUCGAAGGCGCUGCUGUCCCUCAACCAGCUCCGCGCGUGCAUCAUCGAGCGCGCCGAGAGCACUCCGCAGAAGGCCACCUACCACCGCGCGGCGAAGCUGGUGAGAGACUUCGAGAAGGAAGAGAAGCUGUUUGUAUUUUCUGAAGCAGUAGCGACGGCAACUUUGUCCUGUCGAUGA